AUGCCUGACUUCAACAGAUUGUUUCCCCUGGCUUCCCUCCUGCUCAUUUUGUGGGCUGGCGUCUGCUUCCCUGUGUGUGUGGAAGUGCCCUCGGAGACGGAGGCCGUUCAGGGCAAUCCCAUGAAGCUGCGCUGCAUCUCCUGCAUGAAGAGGGAGGACGUGGAGGCCACCACGGUGGUGGAAUGGUUCUACAGGCCCGAGGGCGGUAAAGAUUUCCUUAUCUAUGAGUAUCGGAACGGCCACCAGGAGGUGGAGAGCCCCUUCCAGGGACGCCUGCAGUGGAACGGGAGCAAAGACUUGCAGGACGUGUCCAUCACUGUGCUCAAUGUCACCCUGAACGACUCCGGCCUCUACACCUGCAACGUGUCCCGGGAGUUUGAGUUUGAGACACAUCGCCCCUUCGUGAAGACCACCCGGCUGAUCCCCCUCCGUGUCACCGAGGAGGCUGGAGAGGACUUCACCUCUGUGGUCUCAGAAAUCAUGAUGUACAUCCUCCUGGUCUUCCUCACUCUGUGGCUGCUCAUCGAGAUGAUAUAUUGCUACAGGAAGGUCUCAAAGGCCGAAGAGGCAGCCCAAGAAAAUGCGUCUGACUACCUGGCUAUCCCAUCGGAGAACAAAGAGAACUCUGCGGUACCAGUGGAGGAAUAG